AUGGCUGACCUCAGUAUUUCAAACCUCUUCAACGUCAAGGGCAAGACAGUGCUCGUUACUGGCGGCGGCGUCGGAGUUGGGAAGAUGAUUGCGACGGGCUUUGCUCAAAACGGUGCUAACGUCUACAUUGCGGCGCGUAAAGAAAAACAGCUUCAAGAGGCGGUCCAAGAUAUCAAGAAGGUCGCUCGUGGCUCGGUCGACUAUAUCGUUGCCAAUGUAGCGUCAAAAGCCGGCUGCGAUGCUCUCAUAGCCGAGUUCAAGAAGCGUGCGGACACCCUCCAUGUCCUUGUCAACAACUCGGGCAUUACUUGGGGUGGACCGUUUGAGAACUUUCCAGAGGAGAAGGGGUGGGACAACGUCUACGCGGUCAACGUGAAGAGCAUCUUCUACAUGACUGCUGGGUGCGUCUUGGCUCUACUUACUUCUCACUGCAAACGUUCACAAUGUUUGGUAUCCAGACUUAGCGACUACCUUACGAAGGCUGGCACCCCAACCGACCCAGCGCGUGUUAUCAACGUCUCCUCAAUAGCGUCAGUGGACCCGUUUAGUGAGGGUGCUCUUAGUGAUGCCGGUAAUGGAACAUGGAGCUACCAAUCUAGCAAGGCUGCCGUCAACCACCUUACAUCCCAGCUUGCUGUAAAGCUUGCCCCAGGCUGUGUCACCGUUAAUGCUAUCCUUCCUGGUGUGUAUCCAAGUAAGAUGACCGCAUUUGGUCUACAGAAGGCUGGAGACAAGAUGAAUGCGGCUCAACCUAUGGGUCGGGUUGGUGCCCCAUCAGAUAUGGCUGGUUUAACGCUUUUCCUCGCAUCGCCUGCGUCAGCCCAUAUCACAGGCGCACAUAUCAUCACGGAUGGAGGGGCACGCUUAUACAAAACCACCGCCUUUCCGUUCUUUGUACCGCUAUGUGCUCCGUGCCUCAUCAUGUCUUAUCGCGAUGAUUUGGAUGACCGACCAGCGGUCAAACGACGCCGAGCUGAUUCAGCGGCAGCAGCCAGCCCAGCGAAACAUUCGGACCUGGCCGAGAAAACACCGCAGCACCUGCGACGCCUCUUAGCUACAAACAUUCAACUACGCAACCAAUUCAAUGUGCAGUUGGACAAUCAUGAGACGGCUUGCGACGUUGUUCUCGUGCAGCUUUUGAAGUUCGAAUGUGUGGAGCGUCUGCGAGCUAUUCUCUUGGCUCUCAAUAUGGAUUGUGAUCGUCUCGACGACAACUGGGACAUGGACCAGGAACUUGAAAGGAAUGAAGAAACACCUGAUGAAGAACUAUGGUCCCCUCCACUGUCUCCUAGCAUGGAGGACGAGCAAACCCGGGACCUUCUGCAUGCUCAGUACGCCGAGAUCCUAAACAGCACCUUUAACAUCAAAGAGUUACACAUCGAGCAGGCCGUGGCCAUCGACCUCGCAUUGAAGAACAAAGACGUUUUGGUGCUUCAGCCAGCGGGUAGUGGCAAAAGCUUGAUUUUCCAGCUCCCAGCCAUGAUCGAGCACAACGUUCACCCACACAAAGUGACAAUUGUCAUUUCCCCCAUCUUGGCCCUCAUCCGCGACCAACUGAGGGCCUGUCGCGAAAAAGGCAUUCCCGUUCUUGCGAUUACAUCCGACUCGGAAGAGAACAUCACCAGCGCAAACAUCCACCAAAGGUUGCGUGACGAGAGGCCAGUCUUGAUCUACACCACGCCCGAACAAUGUCGUCCCACGCGCUGGCUCCAUCCCAUUCUCCUCGGCCUCUAUAAGGAUGAAUACAUCAGCCGGUUUGCCUUGGAUGAAGUACACUGCAUGCUCUCUUGGGGUCUUACAUUCCGGCCGGCCGUGAGUCUAGAUGAUUCUAUUUCGUGGGCUGCCUUUGAACUGACCCACAUUCCACCACAGUACUUGGAUAUCAACUUUCUGAGACGCGAUUUCCCUGCCGUCCCUAUUGUUGGUCUGAGCGCCACACUCAGCCCUCGCGAUGUUGUGGAGAUAACACGGCACCUUGGACUCAACAAUCCUAUCCUUGUGCGCGCGUCACUCGCCCGACCGAACCUCCACAUUGCCAUAGAACACAAGCAUUCCUCCCAAACCAGCAAUACUGUGGUCGACAUCAUCAAUAAUAGGCACAGGCACCAUUCAGGCAUCAUUUAUCGAGAAACUCGCAAAAGUUGCGAACGGCUGGCUACCAAGCUGGGGGAAAGGGGGAUCUUGGCGGCCGCUUAUCAUGCUGGCUUGACGGAGAAUACACUGGCCCGUGUGUAUAACGACUGGAUGAGCAACAAGAUCAGGGUCAUCGUUGCGACUAUCUCGUUCGGGCUGGGUAUUGACAAGCCUGACGUGCGAUUCGUAUUCCACGUCGAUAGCCCCAAGAGCAUUUCCUCGUAUUUUCAAGAGAUAGGAAGGGCAGGGAGGGACGGCAAGAAGGCCGAAUGUAUUUGGUUUUAUCGUUACAAGGACCUGGUUCGCGAGCUACACCCAUCCGGACCAAACGCCAUGAGCCUUCUAAAGCUGCGCGAACAGAAAGAUGCGCAAGCCAUCAGCAGUGUUGCACAGGAGCCGGUUUGUGUGGUCCGACAAGUACUCAGAAACUUAGGGGAACAAUCUUCGCCGUGCGGGGUUUGCAGCAACUGCAAGAACCUCGCCUCCGGGCCCCUAAAAACCGUUGAUAUGACAGCAUUUGCGAAAGAUGUGCUGGACUACCUUCGCGCGAUAUUCACCGAUACACCUGGCGGUCGCAUCACCCCGGCUCACUUGGCAAAGCUACUUUCCGGCUCCGUUGAUAAGUCUACCCGCAAGAAUAACUGGGACAGUUAUCCUGGGUAUGGUUCCGCGAAGCGACGGGGCAUGUCGCAAGACGUCGUUGAGAUUGCUUUAGACAAGCUCAUUUUUCGACAUGUGCUGGCGGUACGAUGCUCCGAUGACACUAUGGCGGGUGGUGGAUACGGGUUUUCAAACCACUGGUACUUGAAGUUGGGAGCCAAAGCGCACGACUUCAAGUAUUUGGAUGACGACGGUUCACUGCUCGAAAGUCGCAGUCGUGCAACGUGGAGACCACGGCCGACUCCGAAAAAGAAGACUCUAAAGCGCAAGACGCUCACAUCUCGCCGCCAGCCCCGUGCGUAUCUUAGCGACGACGAAACAGCCUCUGGCGACUGUGAAUUCGAGUUGAAUGAUGACGACCAUAAUACUGCACUGUCACAAACAAGCCUGCCAGGUCCAACUCGAUGUCCUGGAAGAAGCUACAUCAGUGAUAUACCAAUGGACUUAGAAGUUAAUCCACUGUCAGUGCAAUUCCCCUGUCAGCCACAGCUAUGGCAAGAUGGAGAUGACUCAGACUCGGAUGGCUGCAUAGUGACUUAUGGCUCAGACAUCUAG